AUGUCGCUCUCAGAGCCGCCCGAUGGACUCGACCUCACCGAAACCAAGGUCUCGUCGCUGGUGUCUGGGUUCGUCAUCACAUGGGUUCUUGGAGCAGCCACCGUUGCGCUGCGCGUUACAGCGCGGAAGCUUGUGGGAAACCAAAUUUGGUGGGAUGACUGGAUCAUAAUUGUGUCUUUGAUAUUUUCAGCAGCUUUUAUGUUUGACGUUACGUGCUAUAUGACCAUAAAUGGCGGCUUUGGAAAACAUGUUUGGGCUACGCCAAACGGCUUGAGGGUCUACUUUACGGGUCUUUUCAUCGCCGAGUAUCUGUACACGAUCAGCAUUGUGCUCGUCAAGGCGGCAAUACUCGCUUUUUACUGGCGAAUUUUCAGCGCCCGACGCGAAUCACGGCUUGCCAUCUAUGUUUUACUAGGUAUCACUUGCGCUUGGGGAAUAGCAGUGCUCUUGGUAUCAACCUUUCAGUGCCUUCCAGUGUCGGCGUUCUGGCUCCGAUUCGACGCGAAUGCCAAUCUCUCACCGUCUGAUUACGAAUGCGGCGUCAACGUCAAGACAUUCUUCAUCGCGAACGCAAUACCAAACAUAAUUACCGACGUUCUCCUCCUGCUACUGCCAGUACCAGGCAUUUGGAGUUUGCAACUUCGCAAACCCCAAAAAAUGGCUCUGGUGGGAAUCUUUACUCUUGGCAUAUUGUAG